AUGGCAGGCAAACCGCUUAAUCAAUUUCACCAUUCGCCCCAGUACCCCGACUACUAUAACUCCGACCUCCAUCCCUAUCUCGAUCUCUCUCUCUUGCCUCCUGCAACGGCCUUCCCUCCCGUUGACUUUGACCCAUUCUUCUUUGCGACCGAUCCUCUCAAUCAAACCUACUACUCCGAUCUCACUACAACCACCACCACUACUACCCACAACCACUUGGACUUGAACUUCGACUUCGACUUCGACAUCAACACCCUGGGCGACCUCGCAGACCCCGUAUCAGACUCCGCGAUUAACUCGCUGCUCAGCUCCCCGGAUAGUCUCAGUGAAUCCUACCUCUUCGAAUCGCCAAGCGUGCAGUCUCUACCUGACCCGCAAACCCAAACCCCACCCCCAAUCUCACAGCCGCAGCAACAACCCCAGCAACCAAUGCCCGCCGUGACGACGGACCACCCCUCGACCAAACCAACCUUCACCGUCACCCGGGUGGCAACCACCACCAAAGAACCGCUCAGCAAAGUGAGCAAGCGGCAGCUGAACACGCUCGCGGCGCGGCGGUACCGACAGCGCAAGCUGGACCGGGUGAACGAGCUGGAGGCGGAGCUGGAGGCCGUGAAGCGGGAGCGGGACGAGCUGCGGAUGCGCGUGAGCAAGCUGGAGGGGGAGACGGAGGCGUUGCGGGGGAUGGUGGGGAAGAAGUAG